UCGACUCCCGUUUCUCCCUCCCUCCUAGCAACGCUCCCGACCAAUCAGGAGCGAGGCCGCCCGCGCAGAGGGCCGGGCGCUAGAAUCGGCGGGAUGGACAAAAAUCACCAAACUAAAAACACACAAGUGCAGAGGAGAGGAGGAGAACUAUGAAAGAAACAGGCUCCAGCUUAAUAUCCGCGUUUUGAGCCGCGUAUCCGAGCAGCGACCCCCUUUUCUUUUGGAGACAUGUUACCGGCCGCGAACAUGUCUUUUAGUAGUGUUGUGAGUUAGCCGGCUAAGCUGCAAAUGAAACCUGCAAUUCCUGCAGCCCGCAAACUUCUAUGGAUACACUUCUGUUCAUGCGGGGUUUUAGAGAGCUGCUAAACACGGGGUUCGUCUUUGAGAAGCUUCAAUCUUCACACCGACUGUCAUGGACAACGUGAAAUCGCGCAGCAAUGAUGAGGAUGAAGAGCUGCUCUCCACAGAUCCGGAAAGUAAAGAGAAGAGCAAAGACAAAAAGACACUAUGCAAAGUAAAGUGGUCACGAGAUGAGGAUGAAAAACUGAAAAAGCUUGUUGAUCAGCAUGGAACCGAGUCCUGGAAAUUAAUAGCCAACGUUUUCCCAGGGAGGACAGAUGGUCAGUGUCAGCACCGCUGGCAGAAGGUGCUCAACCCAGAACUUGUGAAAGGACCCUGGACAAAAGAGGAGGAUCAAAAGGUUAUUGACCUGGUGCACAAGUAUGGCCCCAAGCGUUGGUCUGUGAUCGCUAAGCACCUCCAGGGACGGAUCGGAAAGCAGUGCCGUGAACGGUGGCACAACCACCUCAACCCAGAGGUGAAGAAGUCGUCAUGGACUCAGGAAGAGGAUCGGAUCAUCUACGAGGCUCACAAACGACUUGGCAACCGCUGGGCAGAGAUCUCCAAGCUCCUUCCUGGACGGACGGACAACUCCAUCAAGAACCACUGGAAUUCCACCAUGAGGAGGAAGGUGGAGCACGAAGGGUACCUGCAAGAUGGCGGCAAGACUUUCUCUUCCUCUACUAGUGUGAAGAGACGCCACAACAGACCAUGUCCUCCAGCAGAGCCCCAGGACUGCGACCACAGUCCUUUGCCUAUGACAGGACCCAACCAGAUGUGUGGCUAUCCAUUCGAUCCCCACAGUGGACAUAUGAUGGACAGUCUUCCAGAAAAUCCAGCCUUCAUAUCACCAUCCUGCCUGGAUGACCCCGACAGAGAGCAAAGAAUUAAGGAGCUUGAGCUGCUGCUUAUGUCAGCAGAGAGCGAAGUCCAACGUCAAGUGCAGUGCAGAGGUUCAUGUAGUUUAGAGCAGUACUCCGCCUGGUCAGACGCUGUUUCCGAUGACACAUUAACCACGAGUAGCAGCAGCCUGGAGGAACAAGCGGAGCGAAGACCCUGGAGGGGCCCCGAGAUCCCACAGGGACCUCCAGCGCAGCUUCCUGUUUCCCCCAGCAAGUUCCUGGCUGUAGAGGCCAGCACUGUGCUCUCCACCCUUCAGACCAUACCGGAGUUUGCAGAGACCAUGGAGCUCAUUGAUUCAAUGUGUUUGGCUCUGCAGGACCCCGUUUCAUGGAGCGACGUGGCCAGUUUUGACAUGUCAGAGACGGCGACGCCACCCAGGCACAACCAGGCCGGCUUCACCACUCUCCUGCAAGAAAGGACAGUUUAUAACCCGGCGGACUACCAAGUCAGCACUCCCAGCGCCAUCACAGGCCACGACAGGAACUGCGCUCCGUUCGGCGUGGGAGGUGUUACCGCCCUGACGCCAAUCAGCUCAUCCAAACCCUCCCAGGCGUCCACUGGGAAGAAGAGGAGAAGAGAAAGAGGUGAACCGUCUCCUCUGGGCGACAGAACGUGCUCCUCCUUCUUGGAGAAUAUCCCAAACUCUCCGAAGAAAACGCCCACGAAGUCGCUGCCAUUCACCCCGUCGCGAUUCUGCAACAUAUCAGAUCACCUGAAUCUGGACAACCCGGCCCUGACGUCGACUCCCGUGUGUGGUCAAAGGUGUCUCCUGAACACUCCCCUCCAUAAAGAAACCACACCUAAACACCAGAAAGAAAACGAUGGUUCCAGGACCCCUAAAUUCCGUAAAACCGUCAUGAUUCCAACCCCGAGGACCCCGACCCCCUUCAAAAACGCUUUGGCCGCCCAAGAGAAAAUGCACGGGCCACUGAAGAUGGAGCCACAGCCUUUGGCUUAUCUGGAGGAAGACAUACGGGAAGUCCUGAAGCAGGAGACCGGGACGGACAUCUUCAACAGAGCUGAUAUCCAGCCUGACUUCAGAGCAUGGAAACACAAUAUGGAAGGCCCGGCCAGAAAAGUGCGCAAGUCUCUUGUACUUGACCCUUGGGGCAAAGACAACCUCAACGUCCAACUCUUCCAAGAGCAGCUGAACGAUGCACAAUUGUCAGAAGAAAGUCUACUGACGAGCUCUUCCCUGGUCACCUUGAUCCCUGAGCAAGAGGAGUGUAGCCGCUCUUCGACCUCCGGGAAAGAGGACUCCUCGUCAGGAGGCUCCAUUCACCCUCAUCGCUUUACUAGCCCCCAGGUGAAGAAGCCUCCUCCCUCCCACAAAGCUCCGAAACACACACCAGCACAGGUGAGUGAUUGGGAAGCAGUGGUUUAUGGGAAGACAGAGGACCAGCUGAUCAUGACAGAACAGGCUCGUCAGUAUCUGAAUCCCUACCCGUCGUCCGGCUCUACCUCGAGGGCCCUCGUACUUUAAAGCCGCCCCCUCCCACCCCACCCUCACCCCUCCACUACGAAUGCAGCAGCACUACUUCUGUCCGACAGCUGAAUCCCGUAAGAGACAAUCCAGUGAGGACAAACCGUUUUGUUUUUUUCUUUUCGAAGCAGAAAUGCACUGCCAAGGACGUCCACGGCUGCUGGUGUUGUUGUCGACACAUUUCUAGGAAGUAGUUUUAAUGUUCAGAAGUGUUCUCUCUAUUUGGCCAGCAUUAUUCUGAACCAGCAUUUCAAAAACAAACAUUUUUGUUUCUUUUUUUUUUUCCUGAAUCAACCUGCACAUACAGUAGGCUUUAGACAUAGAGUGUGUAUUCCUAGCAGUGGCUGCUUUCUUAUAUUGUUAAUAUAUGACAAGAGAGACGUUUAAUUAUGGAACGCCACUUAUUGUGCAUCUCUUCCAGCUUGUUUGUCUAAACUGCCACACGUAAACCAAGUACAUGCAGCAUUUUUCUUAUCUCUACAGACACACAAAGUACAGAAAUAAUAACUUUGAAAUAAGCAGAAGUGUAGAUUUUGUUUUUUUGUUUUGUUUUUUAACGGCAGAGUUACGUUGUUGCCUGUCCAAGGUGAUGUGAAGUGAUUAGAAGCUGUCAGUAUUGCACUACUGAGUUGAUUUUGCUGCUGAGAGAGGAGCAGUGUGUUUAAGGGCAAACUGGAGAGCACUUGUGAUGGUAUCUUAUUUCUUUCUUCUUCUUCUUCUUCUUCUUUUUCUUUUGUCUUACAUUUCCUUUCCAAGGGUUGAAUGUAUUUCAUUGCAAUGUGUUAGAACCUCAAAAAUGGAAGGGUACCUUAAUGUUUAUUUCUGUUUGUUCUAUUUAUUACAUGACAGCUCUAAAGCAUAGAUAUUAAUAUAAAUCGGACACCUGCAAGUUUUUUUUUUUUUUAAAGAAGUUUAAGUUUGCUGACAAAACAGCCUAAAAGCUCUGAAGCAGUUCUCAGCGUCGUCGCUUCGGUGAGACGUUUCAUAUCAUUCGAAAACAAGCAUUUGGUGGAGAAGGAUUUUAUCUUGUUUUAUUUUUUUUUUUAUUUUAUUUUUUUUUGUAUGAUGUGAAGGCUGUAGGUUUUUAUUUAUUUAAUGUCUACUAAUUUAUUUAUUUCUAAAAAAAAAAAAGAGAAAACAUUUAAGAGAAAUUAUUGAAGAAUUUUAUUGUCUUUUUUCUCUUUCAAAAUCAGGAUUGGGCAAAUCUCCAAGUUAGAUGAACAUCCACUGCCACUAAUUUUCAUUUUAUUUUCCAGACGAGGCAAGAUCUAGCAGAUAAUCAAUGUGUAGUUGUAUGUGUGUGAUCUUGUAACAUAAACAUAAAAAGUAGAUAGUACUUUUUUUUUACCCCAUUGACUCAAACGUUCGCUAUUAGGUAGCGGGACUCCAUCUCCGACCUCUAAUCAUAGACAAAUUGCACUUUUUACUCAUUUGAAUUUAAAUGUCUGUUCAUUUUCAUGAUGUAGCUUCUUUAUUUUUGUGUGUGUGUGUGUUAGCCGGAUGUUUUCCAUCUUUUUUUUUGUUGUUUUUUUUGACAUUGAGUUCAUGCUGCUUGAUUUUAAAAUGUUCUUUUCUCCUGUUUUCGGCUGCAGAAACGAAACGUGUACUUAGAAUACACUACAUGAAAGAAAAGAAAAAAAAGCACAGCUGACGUAGACUGUUUUUUAUGACACAAAUCUCAUCCCUGCAGCAGCAGCAGCAGCUAGCGUCUCCUCAUAUCCUGCUGAAAAAACCCUCGAGCGAGACCCUCGUCUGCUCCUUAUUUGACACGAGGCUUAAAAUAUCCUGUAAAUACGUGUGCUUCCAAGUUUUAACAGCCUGAUUCGUGGCACUUUUUAUUUUUAUUUUAUAACACUCUAUAAUCCGGUAGCACUGCGGCUGUAAAUGCUAUCUGCGUUAGCGGAUCCAGUGCUUGUCAUAAUCUGGAUUAUCCUGCAUUAAGUGUUUCAGUGAGAAGGGAAUCUUGUCAGGCGAAUCAAGUGGAAAGAUCAGGAUAUUUGAGCGCAGACUCAACAUCCGCGCGAGUUCUGGUCUGUAUAUAUUUGCGUCAUACGUCUUGUCGGUUCGUUCAUUCCUUUUGUGAAGAUUUGUUAACUUGGCCAUGCGACAUCAUAGGUUUUUGAGGGAGUUAAGUACAUAUGCAGGACGGUAGCGGCUCUCGUACGCCAGUUAUGCACGUUAAGCAAUACACAAAGAUGCUGGACUUUGCUUUCAUUUACAAGAUGAAUCACAGAUGUUAACACUUCUUUUAUGUAGCAGUUUCAGUUGAAGUCAUAACCAAGGUACCAUUAGAAAUCCUGCCAACUGUCUUUGUAACCAUGUACUUAAUCUGGAAAAAAAAUAAAUAAAUGCGUUCAUUGCA